AUGCCUAAAAAAAGAAAGGGAAACCAUCCUCCAUUGGCUACAAUUUUUUUAAAACCUGAUCCAUUUUCUGCUAAUAUAAGUAAUAUUCUUAGAGAAAAGGAACAAAAAUAUUUUAAACAAAAAGAAAUUCUUUCUGUGAAAGAAUUUCAAACUCGAAUACAACAAAGAGUUCAUGAAAAUUCAUUAUAUGCAUCAGUUAUUAUCAAAGAAAUAUCUAGGGGUGUUGAAUUAAUGGAAAUUAAAUAUAAUGAUACAAUUAAACGAAAAUUAAUUAUUGAAUGGAAAGAUACAAUACUUAUACACAAAAUAGUAAUAGGUAGAGAUUUUGGCAUGGAUAAAUUGACAUUUCAAACAAUUGAGGAAAUUGAAAAUAUAAUUGAUAAUUUUUUUCAAAUGAAAAUAUACGAAGGUUUUUUAACUAAAGGGUUUAAAAUUGUACCAAAGGUUCAUGGAAUGUGGCUUAGAUGA